AUGGGAACAAAAUCAUCCACAUUUUAUCUUUCAAAAGAUUGGGGUCCAGCUUGUGGAGCCAAAACAACGAUCCACUUCCCCGAGGACGAAGACAAAAUCGACGAAGGAAUUGUGGCUUACAAACAGCCCGAUCUCAUUCCAUUAGACUUUUCUGUUUCGGAUUUAAUUGAAGAGUCACAGAGGAAUGGAGAAGUAAAAAAUUUGGUGUUUUUGCGAAAGGAAUUGACCAAAAUUUGGAACAAUGUGGACGUUAACUAUCGUUGCCGCACCAUCGAUUUGAUGAAGCAUCGAACUGACGCCUGUAUCAAAGCUGAUGGCGGCCACUUCGAAAAUUGUAAUUAUAAAAAUAAUGUUUGA